AAGCAUUUCUGUUAGAGAGUACAACAGAAAUCCUAAUCAGCAAUUGGUAUUAAUUACGCAUUUCUCGAAAUUACGCGAAAUACGCUCUAUGUGAAAGAAGACUUUCAGAAUGGUGUAACGUGUUUAGUAAAUUAUUAGAAUACGCAGAUUACACUUACACAAGUUAUGCCGCAUGUGACGGCACCCUAAGGCUGCGUUCCGAUAUUCACUGCCAGUACUGAAAAUAUAUAAUUCAGGUCACGUAUAUUAUAGAUUUUCAGUACUAACAGCGAGGGUACUAAAACUGAAGCCUCAGUUUUCAGUCUCAGCUUGUGCCCUGCUUCAAAUGUAUGUGCGCACGUGUUCUUGGCUUAGUGAAUCUUUACUCCUUCUGUUGGUUUCCUCGGAGUCGACGUUGAAAAAUAACGUUGAAAAGUAACGUUGAAACAAUUGAUAUCAAACACGGGAUUUUGGACUGAAAGCGUGACAGAAAAUUAUGGCAGAUUAUGUAUUGGGCGAUGUAAAGCCAACAGACGUACCGCUGCCGAACGAUGGGUUAUCAGCUGCUCAGCUAUUUGCCGCGGGUGACGGCCUUACUUACAAUGACUUUAUCAUAUUGCCGGGUUACAUCGAUUUUACUGCAGAUGAAGUCGAUUUAUUGUCACCGCUAACCAGAAAAUUGCUAAAGGCACCUCUUGUAUCCUCGCCCAUGGACACCGUCACUGAAUCUGAUAUGGCUAUCGCUAUGGCUCUAUCUGGCGGAAUCGGUAUUAUACAUCACAAUUGUACUCCCGAAUAUCAAGCCAACGAAGUGCACAAGGUGAAAAAAUAUAAACAUGGUUUUAUUAGGGAUCCAGUUGUAUUGGCGCCACAUCAUACAGUCAAUGAUGUUUUGAAUGUCAAGGCUGAACAUGGUUUUAGUGGAGUACCCAUUACCGACACGGGUAAAGUUGGUGGUAAAUUGCUAGGCAUUGUCACCUCUAGAGAUAUCGAUUUCCUCGAAUGUUUGCCUACUUGUAAUUCUCUUAGCUCCAUAAUGACAACCUCUGAAAAUUUAAUCACCGCACCAGCUGGUGUAACAUUGCAAGAGGCAAAUGUCAUUUUGGAAAAGUCAAAAAAAGGAAAGCUUCCCAUCAUCAAUGAACGAGGAGAACUCGUAUCCCUGAUGGCGAGGACUGAUCUCAAGAAGAAUCGUAGUUAUCCAAAUGCUAGCAAGGAUGAGAACAAACAGUUGUUAGUAGGAGCUGCAAUAGGAACGCGAGAGACGGACAAGCACCGACUGGAAUUGCUUGUAGCUGCUGGCGUGGACGUAGUGGUAUUGGAUUCAUCGCAGGGCAAUUCCACAUAUCAAAUCGAUAUGAUCAAAUAUAUUAAGUUACAAUAUUCAAAUUUACAAGUAAUCGCUGGUAAUAUCGUGACUGCAAUGCAAGCUAAGAAUCUUAUAGAGGCGGGAGCUGAUGCGUUACGCGUUGGAAUGGGUUCUGGCUCCAUCUGCAUAACACAGGAGGUAAUGGCUGUAGGACGGCCACAAGCGACAGCCGUCUAUAAAGUUUCCGAAUAUGCCAGAAAAUUUGGAAUACCCGUCAUAGCGGACGGUGGUAUCCAGUCCAUUGGCCAUAUCAUCAAAGGUCUCAGUUUAGGCGCUAGUACAGUUAUGAUGGGUUCUCUGUUAGCUGGAACGUCCGAGGCUCCGGGCGAGUAUUUUUUUAGCGAUGGAGUUCGUCUGAAAAAAUACAGAGGGAUGGGUUCAUUGGAAGCCAUGGAUAGGAAGGACGCCAAGGGUUCAGCGAUGGACAGAUAUUUUCAUAACGAAAUGGACAAACUAAAAGUAGCUCAAGGUGUCAGUGGCUCCAUAGUGGAUAAGGGUUCGGUGCUGAAAUUUUUACCUUAUUUAACUUGUGGCAUCAAACAUGGUUGUCAAGAUAUUGGGGCCAAGUCGCUUACCGUCUUGCGAUCCAUGAUGUAUAAUGGAGAAUUGAAAUUUGAAAGAAGAACACAUUCGGCUCAACAAGAGGGCAACGUACAUAGCCUAUUUUCUUACGAAAAGAGGCUCUAUUAAUUAUAUAGAAAAUAAAACAAUUCGUAAACUACACGUCACGCGUCAAGGUACCUGCAUUUAAUCGAGUAGCAGUUAUUUUACAAGACUAUAGACCUGUGAGAAAACGCAUACAUCUCUUUUACCUGAAUAAACGAAUGUGCCAGGUAAUAUCGAUGACCCGUUUACCUCAGAACUGCUGUUAAGCAGGAACAUGAUAUCGAGUCAUUUAUUAUUCGUCAGUUUCAUAUAUUCGUAUUUAUUAAUGAACGUAUCGACUUUAUAUGGCAUAUAUUUUAAAUUACAUAUAUAUUUUAUAUUCAAUGAUCGAUAUCGAAAUCGAGUAGAUUGAGAUGAAUCGUGAUUUUUGUGUUAUAUCCAAUGCAUAUAUGUUAUGUUAAAUGGACUGAUCUAUACAUAAUGUUAGCUAUAUAUAUGUAGCUGAUGAUUUGUGAUUCUAUAAAUUUGAUCUAGUAUUUUUUUCUGGUACGACUUUAAAAAAAUCAGAUGUAUUUGAAAAUGAUAUUAGCAUAAAUAAAUGCGAAAUGGAAUCAUUAUUAUAUGCAUUCUUGUACAUCUUAAUAUUUAAUCAACCAUGCUUUCGUCUGUGCUCACCUUGACUUUUAAUUACAUAAUUUACUAAGCUUCUAUUUUUGGAGAUCUAUGUUUUAAAAUUGUAAUUCUUAUUAAAAUGAAAAUUUAAAGGGACAUUUGACAGCACAAGUGAUCCGAUAAUAUUAAACUCCCAAAAAAUAUGCCAAAAUCUCUUUGGUAAAUUUGUAACCUAUAUAUUUUAUACAGUAUUCUUAUAAUAAAAACUGUAUAUUUCAAAUAAAAAAAAGUCAACUUUUAUGAACAUGAUUAUUCGUAAUAUACGUAAAAUAAUACAUUCAAUUUCCUAGAUUUUCAUCACAACUCGCAUUCCCUCAUAUUUAUCAUGCCAUCGUGUGUAUCACCGUACACGUGGCAUCACUGAUCCAUUGUCGCAUGACGCUGUACGCUGCAUGUUGCACGCUGUACGUUGCUGCUGCAUCAUAAUCGUGCAAGAUUACAGAUGGAUAUACUUUUGUUCUUUUCUGCAUGUCGCAAAUACAUAUAAAAUAGUAGCGAAAGAAUUCCAAUUUGCAUAAUGUACUAACUUUCGGAAUAGAGAUCAGAAAUUUAUAUAAUAAAGGUUAAGUGAAUUGUGUGUUCGCAAAUUGUAUUCUUGCAA